AUGAUAGAUCAUUUGAAACUGUCACAGUUCUCUCUACUUAGACUCAUUAUUAUAGUUUGGACAAAAGCGAAUAUUGUUAAUGAAAAGAUUUUGUCAGAUUUGGAAAUGAAUUUGCUAGAAAAAACCUUACAAUCUGAAAACAUACCCUUCACAACGAAAGCUGAAGCUCUCACGUUCAUCGAAACCUCAAUCGCCACCAAUAAUCGCGAAAUAGUUUUGCUACUAAAAACCCCCAAACUCGACCCCAGAAUCUUCCGUAAAGUCAAAAUCUAUCCUGUGUUGUACCAUCAAGGGCGAAUCCACCUGGACCACACAUCAUACGUCAUUAACGGAAACAUUAGCUACAUGGUAAACAGUCUCAAUCAAUACGUAUAUUCCAUGAGUGAAGUCAAUCAAGAUCGAUCAGAAUGUGUACCAAGGUUAAUUGGAGGACAACAAGCUUCAUGCAAUUUUACAAAACAGCCACGUACAUUUGAAGCGUUUCGAGUAGGCGACCAAGCCGUGUUGAUCAACUCAAUCCAAAAUUUCUCGCUUUUCAACAAUUGCGGAACCAGCAAUAGAACGUUAAAGGAAUCAUUCGUCGUCAGAACAAACUCAUGCGACGUAUGGAUAAAUGAUGUACAAUUCUCAUCGAAGGUGGUAGAAAUGAUAGGCGAGCUCUCGUUAUAUCAGUUGGACGGAAUAGUCAUCAAUAAGCAGCACGAGGUUAUCAAUAUAUCUAUCGAACACCUUCUAGACCUACACCUUGAAACAAGGAAAGAACUCGAGCACAUUCGUUUAGAGAACCAAUCGCUAUCCAUCACCUGGCCAUCCAUAAGCCUUUUGGGAGGAACGUCGAUCCCUCUUGUCAUAUGCAUUGUAAUUUUGCUGGUAUGUAGAAGAAAAGCAAUAGCUAGAGUUGAUUUGACGAUCGCACCUGCAAAGCUGCCUACACAACGUUUCCACACCGUAGCUAUGUUCCGGGGACGUCAACAACAUACAGGGUUUACCUAGCCAAUCCGGCAUCGUCAAAGCGUUAUCGGUCGCCGUAAAUACUUUUUCGGGCGACGUAAACCCUCAAUUGGGCACUGUCAUUUCUAUUCGGGCCUUGUGAAGUAUAAAUCGGGCAUAGUACAGAAUGAAAGCGUCCUACUCUUGAAGGUGUCAAAUCAGUAGCUUCGGUGUGUUUGAUCCAUCAAGUUGUUUAAAAAUACGUAUUUUGCAUGUUGUUUAACUUAUUAUGUAUUAUUUUAAAAUGUUUACCUAAUUAAAUCACCAAACAUAUUAAAUAUUAAAAAAAAAAACCAAAUUGCAUUGUACGGGUUUAAAUUAAAAAAAUUAAAAAAGGAAUUUUAAUAAUUUUUUUAUUUGAUUAAACCUAAAAAUAGUGAAUUUUCUUACAUAUCAGUUCAACUACUAGCAAAAAAGUAUUGUUUUACAGCUAGAAAGCAACAAAAUAUAAAGUAGGCCCAAUUCAUUCUGUACUUUGCCCGAUUCAUACUUCACAAGGCCCGAAUAGAAAUGACAGUGCCCAAUUGAGGGUUUACGUCGCCCGAAAAAGUAUUUACGGCGACCGAUAACGCUUUGACGAUGCCGGAUUGGCUAGGUAAACCCUGUAAGGAAGG